CAAAGGAUGGGGUCUAUGAUCAGCAGCUUCUUUCAAACAGGUGGCCAUCUUUUAUCUUCCGGGACUUCCGAGACAACUAGGAAUACAGUACUUGCUCUCCUUCAGGAUAUGAGAGAAAAAGAAAUGUCCCACAUAGAGUGGUGUUCGAUUGAAACUUACAUUAGCAACAUACCGAAGGGUGAAAACAUUCUUUCAGUGGCCAGUGCUGAUGGAUACAAUUUGCUUCAAAGAGCCAUAGGUUUCAACUGUGUUGAGCUUGUGAAAUGGAUAUUAAACCGUGGCUGUGAUGUUAAUCGUGGGGCUUGUAGCUUGCCAUUACACAUUGCGGCUUUCCAUGGAACAGAAGAAAUAGUUGAAUUAUUGUUGAAACAUGGAGCUCGAGUUGAUUUAGAAGCAAGAAUGUGCUUUCCUGGCCCACAUAAUCAAAAUUGCGAAUUGAGAUUUUACGUUGUUCCUGGAAUGGGCAUGGAAAAUAGAACACCUGAUAGAUUACAAUCUGCUGAAUACUACGCCAUUGAUGGUGAUCAGUCUGAAAUCUUAGAACUACUUUUAGCUCAGGGGGAAGAUAAUUGGUUGCCAUGGCAGCAGAAGCGUCCGUUGUUACAUCUUGCAUGUGAGAGAGGAGCAUGGAAUUGCGUGAGAUACCUUGUGUCAGAGCGGUCAGAUGAAAUCAAUCAAUGUUAUGAUGAAUAUUAUCCAAUUCAUCAAGCUGCAAUACAAGAUUUAAAGUUUCUCGGAUUGCUCAUUCAGUGUGGAGCUGACGUUCAAGUGCGUACAGCAACACAGCAAAUGACAGUGUUGCAUGUUGUUUUGCUUUCGGGAAGAAAGUCGGCCGAAGAAACUUUAAAUACCAUCAAAAUGCUGCUCGAUCAUGGCUGUCGAGAUUUGAUUAACGAACCCGAUACUCUUGGAAAUACCCCAUUACAUGCGCUGAUUGUACGUUAUGCUUUAGAAGAAUCUAGAUAUGGUUAUAAUUCAGAGCCUAGACCUUGGAAUAAAUGGGAUAUGCUUCAUAUGGUUAGAUAUUUGCUUCAAAAUGGUGCUAGUCCAAGCAUAAAUCACCAAGGAAAUAGUGCUUUAGCAUGUGUGUUGCGUCACAUAAGAGAUUGGGAAUUUCGUUAUGAACUUUUAGAAAUGCUUUUACAAAAUGGCGGCAAUCCGAACUGUGUUGGCAGGGAUGGUUCUGUGCCUCUUAUGGUGUGUUUAGUACCACUAAUCAAUAAAGAUCCCUUACAUUAUUUGACACAUACGAAGAAGGUAUUUUAUCUGAAUUCUGUUCGUUUACUCUGUAAAUAUGGUGCUAAUCCUAAUUGUUCCUCCCGGAGCAAUUUAACUCCGUUGCAUGUUCUGGUCUUCACUGCCAGUGAAUAUAUCAUAUUAAAUCGAGAGGUUGAAAAAAAUAACGCAUUCGCCUUUAUUCGACAAUUACUAGUCAUCUUACUUCAGCAUGGACUCGACCCAAAUGUUACAUUCUCUCAACGAACACAGCAUAUUCUUUUGGCUCUAAUGGAUAUGGUACAAAAUGCUCGUGUACCAUCUGAUUUGCACUAUGUGUAUGACUUGACUCUUGUUUUGCUUCAGUACGGAGCUAAUCCUAAUACAAGCAUCAGUACGACGGAACCUAUGAUUUAUCAUUCACAAAGUUCUGUUUAUAUUAAGAAGCCUUCAAAUUGGGUGCUGUAUCAUUAUAUCAUGUUCAUAAUUAGGAAAGAAGAACUUUUAAACGACAAAGAAAAAAGUUUCACGAAAUUAAUAUGGCUAUAUUAUUAUUCUAUGAACCACAAAGAAUUAUAUAAAUGCUUCAAAAUUUUAAAUACCCAGACUACUUUAAUACCAAUGGGAAGUGAUGUUGCAAGCCUUCUGAAAUACAUGCGAACGCAUCCCAGGACUCUGAAACAAAUGACUCGCGUUGCAAUCUACAACGCUAUGGAAAACAGGGUAGCUCCUAAUAUAAACAAAUUGCCUUUGCCUCCUGCUUUAAAAGAAUAUAUGUUAGACUGGAAUCCCUAA